CUGUUAAAAACCCUAGAGGCUGCAACCAACAUAAUUUUGUUGGAAGAGCGGCAGCGGCAGCAGCAGCAGCAGCAGCUGGGCUAAGCUAUCAAGCAAAGAAGAAGAGGAAAAGAUGGUUUCAGGCUCAGGGAUCUGCGCGAAGAGGGUGGUGGUGGAUGCUAGGCAUCACAUGCUAGGAAGGCUGGCAUCGAUAUUGGCCAAGGAGUUGUUGAAUGGGCAGAAAGUAGUGGUGGUGAGAUGUGAGGAAAUUUGCAUUUCGGGUGGAUUGGUGAGGCAGAAGAUGAAGUACAUGAGGUUCUUGAGGAAGCGUAUGAACACUAAGCCUUCUCAUGGUCCCAUACACUUUCGUGCUCCUGCUAAGAUCCUCUGGCGUACCAUUCGUGGUAUGAUUCCUCACAAGACUAAACGUGGAGCAGCAGCUCUUGCUCGCUUGAAGACUUAUGAGGGGAUUCCUGCACCUUAUGAUAAGAUGAAGAGGAUGGUUAUUCCUGAUGCUCUCAAGGUUUUGAGGCUUCAGAAAGGACACAAGUACUGCUUGUUGGGCAAGCUCUCAUCUGAGGUUGGAUGGAAUCACUAUGACACUAUCAAGGAGCUCGAGAGGAAGAGGAAAGAGAGAGCUCAAGUGGCAUAUGAGAGACGGAAGCAACUCAUUAAGCUUAGGGUUAAAGCUGAGAAGGUGGCGGAGGAGAAGCUUGGUGCGCAGUUGGAAGUUAUUGCUCCCAUCAAAUAUUGAUUCAUAGACCAAGGAGUGUUGAAACAAUCUGGUUAAGUUCAAUGCAUUUUGAUAGUCUUUUUUUGAGUGACUCAUAAUCUUACUGUCCUCGUAUCUUUUGAAGUAGAUGAUGUUAUGCUUAUAUACAUUUUGUAUGGUACUCUGGUUUUUUUGUCCUCCCAAUAUUUGCUUCAGAAUCAUUUUCAUUCA